GCUGUUGAAAUUAAGUGUCAAUCUUGAAAUGACGUCAUGAAAUGGUCAAUCGAUACACCACUAUUUCAAAUUCUUAUAACUUGGCUUAACAUUAACUGCGGUUUUUAGUCAUUGCUAUUUGCUAACGCAUCGUAAUUGCAAAUUUCCGGUGAGAAAAUUUCCGAGUACUAAGAUUUUGCAGGCGACAAAUUGAAUGAAGGUACAAUAUUCGAUAAAACCCUUAAACCUUCCUGGACUCCACCCUGCGAACAGAAGCGAUGAAUCUAUGAAUUACCUUGAUGGCCAUGGUAUCCUUAUCCUCUCAUUUCAGUUGAACUUGAAAGCAUGCCGCUGCUGAUAAAGUGGAUAAAACGACCAGCAGAUCAAUUCGCCUCAGAUGGAGUGUAGAUCACGGUGAAGAAGGUUCGCACCCACAGUCUGUAGUAUUGGUUGUAUAGAAAAAGCUGUCACAUGGAGACGCCGUAUAUUGCUAUGUUGAAAUUCUGGUUUCUAGCAAGCCUGUUUCUUAUCGAAGCAAAUAAUUCACUGAAAAACAAUCGAUUUCAUUUCAAAUGCAACAACGACUGUAGCAGAUACAAUUGCAGAAAAGCUAAAGACGUCCGCGAUGAUUGUCCGGGUGGUAUUGUAUAUGGUGUGUGUGGUUGCUGUCUGUACUGUGCCAGGUUAGAAGGCCAAGAGUGUGGCGCCUACAAAAAUGCCAAAGGAGUGUGUGAUGUUGGUUUGUACUGUGAUGUUGGGCGUAUAAGAAGGAAAAAACUUCAUAAAUAUGCAUCUGGCAGAUGCAAGAAAAUUCCCAAGCAAAAGGAGCGCCUUUACAAACCUUUCUCGUUGAUACUUGAAAAUCGGAUACCAAACUGUAGACCAGAAUGCACGCCAGAGUUUUGUUCCAUGUGGCCAGAUGCCAUUUGCUCUGCAUCCAAAAACCACGAAAAGCACAGACCAUGUCAAGCCCCAUGUCAGCACACUACAUGUCAAGCGUGUUAUUUUGAACAAAAAGACGAGCCUCCGUGCCGAAAGUGUGCGAAAAAUGACUUCGAUUGUCUAAGAAGAUUUGGUAGAUGUGUCAAGCGAGAAAUCUGCACCAGAGCUAAAUACCCCUGUUUGUCAAAAGCGAGGCGGCAAGUCGAUGGAAAAUUCAAGUGCAAAGUUCCAGCAUGUGAGAGAUAGAGAAUCCUUCCUUCAUUGCUGAGAUCUGCCAUAUUUUAUUUUGGUAAGAAAGUAAAGAUCUCACCAUCGAGGCAUGAAUUAGCUUGCUCGCGUAGGAAAGUUGGCACGACGGAGUGAGAAAGGCCAGUAGAUCAUGUACAGUUCGAGGCUACAUCGAUACAUUAUUACUAAAGACAAUUUAUAUGAUAGCAAGGUUAGAUUUAUAUAAUUUAUUAUAAGAUUCCUUUCUCAAAUAAGAAAAUUCGACCAACAAUAAAUUUCAGCAAUGCCUGUCAAAAAGAAUUCUACUUGAAAUGUUUAUUAUGCUUGAAAAUAUCUUUAUACUUGAAUUGUUUUAUCACGAGCACAAAUGCAUUGCAAAAACUCUUUCGACGAGGUUAAAAGUUUACCUAGCAAUAAAUGUGAAACUUAUUCAACCAAUGCAAUGGAUUCUCGACAGAUAUGACAAGCAACCAUAUUCAGCUUCUGACAAAUGGAUAUUGCGUUCGUCAAAGGCAGACAGUAAGACAUAGUUUAGAGAACGGUUUAUAUUCUUUUACUUUUGAUGUAAAUUCGAAAAUUUAGGAAUCGUGUUCGUACUUACGCAGUAAUAAAGGUAUUAAUUUGCAACAUAGCAUUAAGUAUACAAACACAAAUAAA